GGAGGAAGUUACCAUGACGCAUCAAAGGCGGGAGUGGUGGGGCCGGCCUGAGGAUCUCGGAAGAAGGGAAGCCAACCUGGAACCGAGCACGAGCCAACUCUGGACUCAAGGUUCCAUUCUUCCUACAUUUGUACCCAAGUUUAUGUUCGCCAAUUCCACGUAACGUGACAACCGUGACCUUGCCCCAAACAGCCUCCUUUAUCGUCGAUCACUCGGCAUGUUAUAAAAUACGUGAGCCGACGACGCAGCUGCAGAAGGUUGCGAAGACGACAACCCCCCAGAGCAAGCCUGCCGAAGUCACAGUCAUGAACGAUGCUGAUGAAGAACCCGAGGUGUAUCCUCACCCCUGGACCGCUGAAGCGUGGGAAAGAGCAGGACAAGCGGUUCUGAGCGGCAACAUACCACCGGAGCCCGUAAUACGCUUCCCCGUCGUUCUCACCCCCGACGGUCCGAUUUCCUCGGCCUCGAAACUCCAGCAACUAGCAGAGACGGAAUCACUUCCUGAAGCCACGGUGACGAGUGAAGUCGACAUACAUGACCGGGAGAUUAGCAAGGUGACCAUCUGCAGCCUUGAGUGGGACGAGUGGGAGAGGAUGGGGGAGAAAGCCCACGUCUCUUAUGGUAUUGGUGGGGGUGGUAUGUUGGUCAUAUUUGAGGGUAGGCAGAGGUAUGCGGGAAUUGUGACGGCUCUGAAGGAAGGCGUUACGCUCGAGGAUGAAGACGAUGGAGGCAGUGCAGGCGAAAGUCGAGGGGAAGGGGUGACGGAAUCUCCAGAGCCCGCCAACCCAAAACCUGGGAGUGAUGGAGAACCAGUGACAGAGACAUAGGCCGGGCGCUUGCCUCGCUUGUUCUUUUGCAGCGGUAGUGGACGUAUAUAUCCCCCAAUGACAGUCAUUCGGCGGUCCGUGCCUGCGCAACCACUGCCACACUGUUUU